CCCGCUGCGGCCUCCGCAGGAUGCGCCCAACAGCAGCAGCGGGAAGGGCCAGGAGACGGAGGGGCAGGACGGGGCGGGGCCUGGCCUGACUGGCCAAUGGCAGUGCUGAGCCCAGGAGCAGAGAUCACACGUCCAGUGCGCGGGAAUUUUCUCCUGAGAAGAGCGGUAGAAGGCAAUUUCACCUCCGAUACCUGUCAAGAGGUAGCACGGGAGAAAUAGAAUCUUCAGAAACAGAGCAUAGUUAAAAAGAAGUUUUGCAGAGAUGCUUUGUUACUUCGAAUCCCUUCAUGUUUAUAUCAAGAUGGAAAUUAUGUAGGAGUUACUGAUGAUACCUUUAGAAGGCCAUGGACAAGAGUCUCACCUGUUUCAGUUUGGGGAAUGAAAGACACCUCAAUUUUGGAUCAAUGGAAAGCAAGUCUCCUUGUGGAGGAGUUCCUUGAGAAAAAAACAAUUACAGGAAAGGCGAUCCAUAUUAACUGUGAAUUUGAAGUUGUUCCAAGUUCAAAUCCAAACUCCCAAACUGAAGUAGAGGAAGCCAGCUUAUACACCCAUAAGGACUACAAUGAAGUCUUUACACUUGUCAGCUGUUCAGAAAAAUAUCCAGCACUUCAAGCACAGAACCAAGAUUUGUCUAUUGAUGAUGAAGAAUUAAUUUUUGAAAAUAACUUGGUAGACUAUAAAAGUCAGCUACCAACUUUGCAUACUCUGUUGAGUAGGCUAAAACUAUUUUUAGUAAAGGACCCCCUUUUGGAUUUCAACAAACAAAUCUUCACAGAAGCUAAUUAUCUCAGGGAAUGUUUCUCUUUUCCAAGAGAUUUUAAAGUUCUUGUGAACGAAGAUGGAUAUGUGGAUAAAGAGAACUUUUGUCAGGAGAAGUUAGAAGAUACACCGUCAAUUUUGCUUGAGUGUGAAUUCUUAAUAUCUACAAGCCACAAACAAGAAGUUGAUAUGCCAUCACUCUCAGAACUAAAGGAGUCAUUAAACUUAAUGCCAGAAAUAAUAAAUUUUAUAGAUGAAAAUGAAAAGCUUUUCAAAAAAGAUCUUACUACCAAGCAUAGAAUUAACAUUGAGGAUAUAAAAUGCAGCUCCACAGAGAUUUUGAUCAAUCAAAGCCAGUAUGAAUCAGAGUGCGGUAAACCAGAAUGCAGUAAACCAGUAGAGUUAGAAAUGCCAUUAACUCAUCUACAUCUAGCAAGCCAAUAUUCUCCUGUGAAUUCGCUAUGUACAGAACUUGAGACAUUUCCAUUUUCUUCUGUUGGUAAAAUUAGUUUGCUUACUGCUGAAGAAUCAGCUAGCAGAAACUGUACGGUGUCACAGUUAGAAAGCUGCAGAAGCUCUUUGAACUCAUUUUUCCUUACAGUGCCAAGAAUUGAAGAACCCAACAGUCAAUAUUCAGUUGCAGAUUUGAAAAGGAUACUUUCUAUUGAAGAAGAAAACCUUGUAGUAAACCCUGUAGGCACGGAGUGGUGGAAGCAAGCAGGACUAAAUCUGAUAAUGACAGCAACUCUGGAACAUCUGAAUAUGUAUUUAUGUCAUGAUGAUCUCUCUACUGGUGAUACUACAAAGGAGAUAUUUUUACCUACAGAAGUGCUUCAAUUAGAAUCAUGGCUAGAACCUACAAGUUGUUCCUCACCUAUUAUACUUAUUAAUGAGACAUCUACAAAUGAUCAUUUAUCACUUUCACAAAAGAGUCCAGCUCUGGCAAAAGAAGUACCAGACCUGUGUUUUUCUGAUGAAUAUAUCUCUGUUGAAAGACCAACAAAAGAAGAAAAACCAAAGAAUGAUCUAGAACUAGUUUAUAGAAUAAAUAAAAAUAAAGAAAAUGAAGAUUACUUGGAACUUGACUGCACAGUACCACCUAUCGAAUCAUCUUGCUCUUCAAAAAUUGAAAAAGCAUCGCUUAAACUUGGUAAAAAGCAGGAGAAUGAUUUGGACCUUUUGAGCGACUUUAUUUUGCUGCGAAAUAAGUAUAAGACUUGCACCUCAAAGACUGACAUCACACAUAGGGAUGAAAAUGAUGAAUUUCGAGAUAAAGAAGAACAUUCUCUGACUCUUCAAGAAGAAAGUCCUAUUAUUUGUACUAAUAAAACCCAAGAGGAUAUAAAUCAGGAAAGGAGCACAAGUCAUGUCAUUGAAAGUCAAGCAUCAGAUAGCCAGUGCCAAGCAUACUGUCUCCUAGAAGCAGCAGCUACCCCUAUCUUAAAAAAACUUGCAUUCCUCUGUAGUCUGCCUGCUGCUAAUUGGAAAUUUGCCACCGUUAUUUUUGACCAAACAAGGUUCCUCUUAAAGGAACAAGAAAAAUUAAUGAGUGAUGCUAUUCACCAAGGUACAAAUGAUGAAAGAGAAAUGAUACUCAAGCAUGCCGCUCUCUUACACCUUCUGGUAACAAUUAGAGAUGUCCUUUUAACAUGUAGCUUGGACACAGCAUUGGAAUAUUUGUCAAGUGCAAAAGAUAUCUACAGAAGUAUUUUAGGCUCUUAUUUGGAUGACAUUUGGAGACAGCUAGAGAUUGUACAGUUUAUUAAGGGGAAAAAUCCUGAAACCAACUAUAAAAUACAAAAAUUGCAGCAUCAGAUACUAAAUUGGAUGCAAAGUGAACAGCAAAUUAAGGUGUUGAUUAUAGUAAGAAUGGACUCAGACGGUGAAAAACAUUUACUCAUUAAAAUCCUUAACAAAAUGGAAGGUUUAACACUGACUGUCUUACAUUCGAACAAAAGAAAAAAUUUCCUGGAAUCUGAAGGUGUUUUAAAUGGCACAAGUUCCUGUGUAGUUGUAUAUAAUCAAUAUAUUGGAGCAGAUUUUCCCUGGAGUAAUUUCUCAUUUGUGGUGGAAUACAAUUUUGUAGAAGACUCUUGUUGGGCUAAACACUGCAAAAAACUGAAUAUUCCUUAUACGACCUUUAAAGUGAUACUUCCAGACACAGUUUUAAAGAGAAGCACCUUGCUGGAUCAUUUUGGUGGUUUUCUUUUGGAAAUUCAGAUUCCAUAUGUGUUUUUUGCAUCUGAAGGACUUCUUAAUACUUCAGAAAUACUUAAGUUGCUAGAAUCCAACUAUAAUAUCACACUAAUGGAGAGAUGCUACGGUGAGUCAUUGAAACUCUUUGGAGAUACACAGCAUUAUGUAGUACUGACAAUUGAUGAACACACUGCCAUAAUUUUGCAGGACCUAGAAGAAUUGAAUUGUGAGAAGGCAUCAGACAAUAUCAUUAUGAGACUGAUGGCAUUAUCGUUCCAGUACAGCUAUUGUUGGAUAAUUUUAUAUAACAAAAAUACAUUAAAUUCAGAAUACCACCUUACAGAAAGGACACUUCAUCACUUGGCACUGAUUUAUGCAGCUUUGGUUUCAUUUGGGCUAAAAUCAGAAGAACUGGAUGUCAAGCUUAUAAUUGUCCCAGGAGUGGAAGAGACUGCAUUGAUAAUUCGACAAAUUGCUGACCACAGUUUGAUGACCUCAAAGAAAGAUCCUCAUGAAUGGUUGGAUAAAUCCUGGCUUGAAGUUUCACCUUCUCAGGAAGAGAUGUACUUACUUGAUUUUCCAUGUAUUAACCCAUUGGUGGCUCAGCUCAUGUUGAAUAAAGGACCUUCACUACACUGGAUAUUAUUAGCAACUCUUUGUCAACUCCAGGAACUCCUACCUGAAGUUCCAGAAAAAGUGCUAAAGGAUUUUUGUAGCAUCACUUCCUUAUUCAAGAUUAAUUCUUCUUCAAUAACAAAAUCACCUCAAAUGUCAUCACCUCAGGAAAGUAGGACUCAGACUAGUACCUUUACUUCUCAGAGUUCAGCUUCUGGUUUUUCGAACUCUGCCAUUCAAGAACAAAAUGACUAUUUCCAGUAUUCAGACUUAGGAGGGACAGUGCAUGAAGAUACAAAUACCACUUCAAAGUACAACUCUUCCCUUAUGGAACUCAGAGAAAUGCCAGGCAUUUUACCACCUGUGACUUCUUACAAUCAGAUUAACCACCAGGAAGACUCCAGUUGUAACCGUAUCAUAGUGCAGAAUAAUCUUUUCCUAAGAAAUACAGAAUCAAGAAAUGCAAAAGGUAACUCCUUUCUAAACAAGAAUGAGCCACUGACAGAUGUAUUUUCUUUGGGUCUAACACAAAUGAAUUGUGAAACCAUAAUAUCACCAAUUGAUACUCAGAAGAAAUUUGCCCCUAAUUUUAAAAACUGUCAGAAAAAGGGAACAUUUGAAGCAAAAGGACCUAUAAAUAAAGAAGUAUCUGCCCCUAUCUUUUCAUUAGAGGGCUCACAAUCUCCUCUUCACUGGAACUUCAAGAAAAAUGUGUGGGAACAACAGAAUCACUUAUUCAAUUUACAGUAUGGCGCAAAGCAGACUACAAGUGACAAACGGUACUCUCAGAAAGAUAACUUAUUCACUAAUCAGCAAAAAUGUCUAUCAGUUGAUUCAGACAGCUUCAUACAUGAAAGUUCAAGUGCUGGGACUGAAAAGACUUUCUGUAGAGAAUUACCGUCUGUCCCCAGUUUGGAUCUAUUUUGUGCUUCUGAUUCUAACAUAAAUCAAAAAGAAUUCAACAGUCUUUAUUUCCACCAAAAAGCUGGAAAAAGUUUAGGACAGAAAAGGCCCUCUGAAUCUUCAUCUGACUCAGGAGACAAGAAAUCAUUAACAGAUUUCAUGCACUCUCAACUACCACAAUUCAAAAAAAGACGUCUAGUGUAUGAAAAAGUCCCUGGUAGAGCUGAUGGACAAACUCGUCUGAGGUUUUUUUGAAAAAGAGAAACAGUGUUGCACACCACAUUCCACUGUUUUUGAUGAUCACCCAGUAACAAAAUGAUUUAAAUUUACUCAUACAUUAAAGAAAAUGUAAUCAUUCUUAGAUG